AUUCCACAUUGACAGCUGAAACUCUAGCUCUAUAAAAGAGUCGAGUAGCAUGCAGUACAGUGCAGUACAGUGUAGCUAAACUAGUACUUGGAUAAGAUGGUCUAUAAGUACUUUCUCAGCUACAAGUCUCAAUAUUAGUUAUUGUGGUUUCAACUGCUGCAGCUCUCACAAAUCAACAGCUCCUUUAGUGCAGUACCAUGAGUGUUUAUCAGCGAGGCUCUCAACUACAAAAAACUACUGCUACUAGUGACACUGGUGUAUGUCAGUUCACUUCAGAGGAGCUAAGUCGACUUUGCCUGAGGCACAAUGCACACGUUGCAUAUCGUGGAAAAGUAUACAAUGUUAGUUCAUUUGUGGCCCAACACCCUGGGGGCAUGGACCAGAUCUUGAUGGGAGCAGGCAGGGACAUCACUCAAGUUUUCGACUCAUAUCACCAACACGACACUGCAGCGAAAAAUCUGGACAAGUACUAUGUGGGGGAGCUUGUAGAUAACAAGCUUCCUGUUUUUCCCAAAGAAGGAAAGUUUUACAGUACCAUCAAGAAGAGAGUUGCUGAUUACAUGGAGGCCCACAAGUUGGACCCAAAGAUAAACUACUGGACCUUCCUCAGGCACACCAUUUUGUUUGUCUCAGUAUUCUCUAGCUGGUACGCUGCAGUGUCAAUGGAAUAUGGCGUUCUAAUGCAUCUUUUGUUCACAAUGUUAUGGGGUGUGUUGUCUGCUUUGGUUGGAUUAACCUGUUAUCAUGACGCCAGUCAUUUCACCAUAACUCAUAAGCCGUGGGUAUGGAAGGUUGUCAUGACAAUAUCGGAGAGUGUUAACGGGACAUCUUCUUAUUGCUGGUGGUACCAACACGUGUUUGGUCAUCAUCUGUACACAAACAUCAACAAAGCAGACCCGGAUAUUUACACCAGACCAGAUAAACCUCCGUCUAUUUGGAGAAUCAAAUCUGCCCAGAAAUUGAUCGGUCACUAUGCCUACCAGCACAUGUACAUGCCGUUUGUAUACACAAUGCUCGGUGUGAAAAUGCGAUUACAAGACUUCCACACAAUCUGUGUACUUCGGAAAAGUUUUAUCAGGAUGAACCCUCUCAGUGUCUCCCAGUGGACCACCUUUGGUGUUGGCAAGGCUGUACAUGUUGCUAUGAGAUUCAUCAUUCCUUGCUUCUACAUGACAUUCGGAAAAUUGGUUGUUAUGAACAUUCUGUACGACAUGGUCUACGGCUACUGGUUGGCACAGCUCACUCAAGUCAAUCAUGUGACUGAGGAGGUGGAAUGGCCAGAACCUGACACUAACAACGUAAUUCAUCAGGAAUGGGCUGAGAUGCAGGUGCGGACCACUCGUGACUACUGUACAGACAGCUGGGUGUGGUACUUCCUCUCCGGAGGGCUGAAUCAUCAAACAGCACACCACCUGUUCCCUGGAAUACUGCAGUCUAAUUAUUGGUGGAUUACGCCCAUCGUCAAGGAGACAUGUGCAGAGUUUGGAAUACAGUAUAACGGAAGUUCUUCGUUUAAAGAUGCACUCUCACGUCAUUUCAGCUACCUCCGGAAAAUGGGGAAAGAGGGUCCGGAAAUGGAGUAAUCAGAACAUGAUAUGCUUAUUGAUGAUUUAAUGUGAAUGAUGUUGUUAGUACAGUGUAAGUUAUAAGGUAUGAACAUAUACUGUAUUACAGGUCAAAAACAUAUAAUAAUUGUGCAUUUUGAUAAUAUCUAACUA